UCUUUUUUCUCAGUAAAAGUUUGUACGCUUCCCGGCCAAGUUGUGCCGAUGCGAGCGUCUGUCCAUACGUGGUUACGAUAGUGGCGCUACGGUUUUUUUUUGUUUUGUGUCUUAAGGUGGAUCCCAGGCUCAUAUCAGCAAGGUCAAAAGUGCUGCUUGCCUCAUCAACAAUACCUUCCACAGUUUGGCACUGUUGCGUGUGAUGCGGAUCAUCAGUGAAGUGUGCGUCGUUUCGAACAUUUGAUAUCGCGGUGUGGCAAUUUAAGCGCAGUCUCUUGCUGGACACACACAUCAGCACACCAGCAGCAAAUGUGCGUGCGCGUGUGAAGGCGCCCGUAAGCAAACCGUAAAUAACAACACAGCGGUGCGAGCGUGCUCGCUCGCUGUCAAACAGCUGUCGGGGUGUAAGAUCCCGCAAAAAGCGAGAAACCUUCGAAAGCGAGAUGCGAUCUGAGGGGCCCAAUAACGUCAGGUGUUAUGCAGUCCUGAUGUUACUGAUUUCCAUCGGUACGGUGCAUACCUACCGCCGGCAUCACCCCCGGCAACAGGCUUCGUUCGUAUCGAGAAGUGACUUCGACUGGCAUCUCGCCCGUGAAGUUUUUCAGCGUGAGAACUCGAAUGUCGUAUUUUCCCCGUUCUCUAUUAAACUUUUGCUAACGCUCCUGUACGAGGCAGCCAAGCCGGGAUCUGCUACUCACACCGAACUCGAAGCGGCACUGUGCGAUCCAGAUCUGAACCGAACGCGUGCCUUCUACACCAAGUUUCUGGAUGCAUCAGCGCAAGCGAACGGUGACUAUGAGUUCGAUAUCGGAACGAAAAUGUUUCUGGACAAAGCGCACGGGAAGCUCCCGCAAAUGUAUACGGAUUUGCUUGAGCAAACCUAUCACACCACGGUAGAACGAGUGACGUUCAAUGGCAACAAGGCGACCGCCGAUCAGAUAAACAGCUGGAGCGAAAAGGUGACCCGCGGACGUAUCACGGAACUAGUAAACGAAGACACACUGCGGGAUGCACAGCUCAUCCUGGCAAACGUGCUGUUCCUGAAAGCAUCCUGGAAGAACUCGUUCCCCGACGACCAAACGCACAAUCGGACGUUCCAUGUCACCGACGGCGAUACAGUGACAGCCGAGUUCAUGAACCAGAUGGAUCUGUACGAUUAUACCGACCAUGCGAAACUCGGUGCAGAAGUGUUACGACUGCCGUACAAAGGACGCCAGUUCAGCAUGAACAUCAUAUUGCCCUACCGGAACGUGUCCUUGGCGGCUCUUACCACUUCCCUUACACCCGCCAUGCUUGACUCGAUAACGCAAUCGUUUGUGCGAGAAGAGGUAACCGUGCUGAUACCAAAGUUUCGAUUCAACCACGGCACACAGCUCAACGAAGCCAUCCAGAGCCUGGGAAUACGCGACGUUUUCACCUCCAAUGCAGCACUUCCACUGCUUUCCCCUACCGAUGACCCAGCGCAAAACGGCACCAAGAAAAACUCACUUCAGGUGUCGAAGAUACUGCAAAAAGCGGGAAUCGAAAUAAACGAAAAGGGAACGCUUGCCUUCGCUGCCACAGAAAUUCAGCUAGUCAACAAAUUUGGUUACGAUGGCGAUCCAAUCGUAUUUGAAGCUAACCGGCCGUUUUUGUUCUACAUACUCGACGAAGAAACCAAUGCGCUGCUAUUCGUGGGAAAGGUGAUGGAUCCUUCGCACGUAACGCCUUACCUCUAUACGAACAUGGGAAUCUUCCACGGUGGACGGUGGGCAGUGCUAUGUUGUGUGUUUACGUUAACCAACGCUGCAGCAACUCCAAGGAAAUUCCUUCAGGAUCGUUUCAGUGUUGACUAUCAACCAUUCGAAGGGCCGUGGAAUGAUGACUUCGACUGGGGCGUAAUAAAGGAGGUACUACAUAAAGCUCCGGGCAAUGCAGUAAUAUCACCGCUCUCCGUCAAAGCGUUGCUUGCUCUGCUGUAUGAGGGUAGCGCGAGCAAAUCCGAAACGGAGCGUGAACUUCUCCAAGCGCUCAGUGGUGGCAAUGAUCAGUCCGUUUCCAAGCUGCAAAAUGAUCUGCUGCAGUACAAGCAACAGCACCGAAAUCUACUCAUCACUGAUCGCGUUUACCACGACGUUUCGGUGACGAUCAUUCAAAAGUAUUACAGCAUUAUUGCGGCCCGGUACAAUGCUACAGCGCAAGCGAUCGACUUCCAGGACAAUGUGGCCGCGGCAGCACAGAUUAACGAGUGGAUUGCCCAGAAUACGCGUGGGAACAUUCAGAACAUCAUCAAACCGGACAUGCUGCAAGAUGCGUUGAUGCUGUUGAUCAACACGAUCUAUUUCAAAGGUUCGUGGGCUAUUCCAUUUCCAACAAAUGCCACUGUGGAGAGGCAGUUCUACCCUGGAAGGAGAUCGACAGCAAGUCGUUUCGGUGCUCGAACCACUCCCUUUAUGAAGCAGCGUGAACGUAUCUUUUUCUACAAACACUCGCACCAGUUAAAUGCCCAAUUUCUUCGAUUGCCGUACGACACCAACCAACUGUCAAUGGUAGUCGUGCUGCCAGAUGAGCAGCUCUCGUUAGGUCAGUUAAUUUCGCGUCUUACACCGCAAUCGGUUCACCAGGCACUGGCGGAUAUGACCGAAGAAGAGGUGGAGAUCGAGCUACCGCGGUUCAACAUCAACUACUCUGGCUCCAUGAGAGAAUGUCUACAGCAACUUGGCAUCUCACGCGUGUUUAGCGAUCAAGCCGAACUACCGUUGAUAUCACGCGGCCGUACCACACCACUGAAGGUUAGCACGAUACUGCAAAAGAGCUGCAUUCUUGUGGACGAACAGGGCACGGAGGCAUCAGCCGCUACUGAAGGAACGCUAGUGUUUACGAUUCUCAACCAGCCGAUCAAGUUCAUUGCCAACCGGCCGUUCCUCUUCCUGAUCUAUGACGAAGACAAGGGCAACUGGCUGUUUGCUGGCAAAGUGGAAGAUCCACAAGCCUGAAAAGGUGAGACAAUGAACCCCCUUAUCUGCUAAAACAAUACGAUGUAUAAUCAAGAUCAUGCAAUAAAUAAGGUCCACAGUGUAGCAUAUUUUCACAAA